AAUGCGGCGAGGAGGGCUUUAACCGAGCGAGGCGGCGCUGACUCAGCCAGGGCCGAAGGAAGCGCAGGGCAAUGGCGCUCAGCCCCCCCGAGCGGCAGCCGGGCCCGCCGGAGCCCCCGCGCCCGGCGCCCCAGCAGCAGGACGACGAGGCGGACGACGAGGCCGCCCUCGACCCUCAGCGGCUGCGCGGCCUGGAGGCCGAGGGCGGCGGGAUCCCGCUCCACUCGCCCUGGACCUUCUGGCUCGAUAAGUCCCUUCCCGGUACCACAGCAGCUGAAUGUGCAUCAAAUUUGAAGAAGAUCUACACGGUACAAACUGUACAGAUCUUCUGGAGUGUUUAUAAUAAUAUUCCUCCUGUGACAAACCUGCCACUAAGAUGUAGUUAUCAUUUAAUGCGUGGAGAAAGACGACCACUGUGGGAAGAGGAAAGCAAUGCCAAAGGAGGUGUAUGGAAAAUGAAGGUCCCCAAAGACAGUACGUCUGCAGUUUGGAAAGAGUUACUGUUAGCUACUAUUGGAGAACAGUUUACAGACCACUGUGCAGCAGAUGAUGAAGUAAUUGGUGUUAGUGUCAGUGUUCGUGACCGGGAAGAUGUUGUUCAAGUCUGGAAUGUAAAUGCAUCAUUAGCAAAUGAAGCUUCAGUUUUAGAAAAGAUCCAUGAGCUUCUGCCCCAGACAUCUUUUAAAGCAGUUUUUUAUAAACCCCAUAAAGAACAUCAUGCUUUUGAAGGUAGACGUGGGAGACAUUAACAGGACAGAACUCAGAAGGUUUUUUGUAAGAUCAUCACAACAGAAAGAUGGAUAAAACAUUUACAAAAGCACCACAACCCUUAGUGCAUUUUUGAGAUCUUUGUAUUCCUCUUGAGCCGCUGGUACUGAAAAAGCAAGAACUGCUGCCUCAGUAGCUGAUACUAUUUCAACUUCUCAACUCAGAAAGUCAGUUUCUUUUAAUAUUCCUUUCUUUUUAAGGUAGAAGACUACACUUAAGCAAUUCUCAGUAUCUGCUUGAACUGCAAAUGUGCACAAGCAUGAUUUGCUGCUUUUUUUCUAGAUUUGUUGUACCUAGAUAAAUAAUAGCUUAGGGAACCAUGUUUUCUGAAUUUGUUUUUAGACAUUCCUAACAUGUUCAUAUCUACUCAUAGAUUUCUCCCAAAAGAGGCUGAAAUGUGCACUGUUCUAAUCUACGAUGACAAAUUCAAUCAUACAAAUUCUGCCCAAGCUCCAUGAAAUGAAUGGCGCUUUCACUGCACCUCUGCUAUCUGGCUUGCUUCCAGCAUCCUCAGCUUUUGCACUGAUAAUGCCCAAAACAGAACUGCAUUCUCAGUUGACGGGCUCUCUUCAGUAAUCACCAAACAGAGCCUAUAAACUGAGAAUACAGUUCUAUUUUGAUGAAGUCUGGAGAUACAAGCCUUUAACAAACAUUGACCUGGUUCACACCUGUUAGUCACCCACAUUCUUGAAAUUCUAAGCUGGGCAAUGUUUAGAUAGAAGCACUGUUUGUGAUUAUGUAUCUACUGUGAUUUCUGAUAGUAGCAGCAGUUGAAUUGCUACAGUUGUGCUGUUAGUGCAAAGACUACAGUCAAGUGUGAAGCAGUCAAUUGUUAGUUGAUGUCUGUUUGUUUUAUGGCUAUUUCAAAAACCUUAUCUAGAAUAAUGAAUGAUUUUUCGACGGGGAAACCCUACAACUUUUAUUUCUUAUGUUGUUUGAUUUUUUCUUAGCUUACUAUAUUUUAUGUAUCUCUUAAAAACAAAUAAUGCUCUCUACUAUGUUCUCACUUAAAAUAGGAAACUUCACAUGUCCAUUCUACUACACUUAUAAUAAUAUACCUUUUUUCCCCAACAUCCUCAUUAUGAUAAUAACAGAUAUGUUUUUUAUCCCUUAAAAUCAAUAUCAAAUGAAUAGUACCUUUAUGGUAAACAUAAUUUUGUGUAGUUGCAAGUUACGAUAACGCCUUAAGUACACUUUUCAAUGUAGAGAGAAGUCAGUUAUAUUUUAAAGCAUGAAUGUGAAGUUUUCAAAUUAGUUUGUGUGAUUUCCUCCCCAUACUAAUUUAUUGGAGGUUGCAAUACAUUUUUAUUUUUUAUUACAAAACCAAAGAUUUAUUUAGUUCCUCACCAGAGGAUGCCGAUGUGCUAGAGGGAAUGUUCAUUCCCAUCUAAGCAGAAUUACUGGAUUAGUAUUAGUAUUUUGAAAAUUGUUCUGACUGCACUGAUAUCAACUCACAUUUAAUCAUAUAAGAGGUGGCUGUUGGAUUUCAGUACAUUUAUGAAUCAAGUUUCUCUUUUUAAUUUUGUACUAGUUCAUCUGUAUUUAUGAAUUAAACUUGUGCAUUUAACAAACCUUAUUAAAAGUUUUAUAAAUUCA